AUGCCGGGGCAACCUAUCAAAGAAUGGCAACAACCAUCUUUCACGACAUUAUUCACGGAGAGGUGGAAGUGUAUGUGCAUGAUAUGGUGGUUAAGUCGAAAACAACCGAAGAACAUACGACUGCACUUGAGAAGUUCUUCCUUAGACUUCGAAAGUAUAAUGUUCUUCCUUAGACUUCGAAAGUAUAAUUUGAAGCUCAACCCGGCAAAAUGUCUGUUUGGAGCCACAUCCGGAGUAUUUCUGGGGCAUAUGGUUCGUCGGAAGGGCAUAGAGAUUGACCCUUCGAAAGCCAAAGCUAUUCUGGAAAUGCCAGCACCAAGGACAGAAAAAGAAGUCCGAGGCUUCUUGGGAAGGUUACAGUACAUUAGUCGUUUCAUCAAUCAGUUGGCCGAUACCUGUGGCCCAAUUUUCAAGCUACUUAGGAAAGGAGUGGCAGUCAAAUGGAAUGAGGAUUGUCAGGCGGCCUUUGACCAAGUCAAACAAUACCUGCUAUCCCCGCCAGUCUUACAACCACCAAGGCUAGGAAAGCCUUUGCUACUGUACUUGUCGGUAACAGAAGAAGCAAUGGGGGCCAUAUUAGCUCAACAAGCAGAAGAUACAAGGAUAGAAAACGCCGUGUAUUACCUCAGUAAGAGGAUGCUGGAAUAUGAGUUGAAAUACAACAAGAUAGAAAAGUUGUGCCUGGCUCUAGCGGAGGCCUUGCUGCAUCAAUUAGCAGAAUUGCCGCGAAGACCAAAUGCCGAAGUAGAAUUUCCUGAUGAGGACUUGUUGAGCUUGGAAGGUGAGGUCUGGGAGAUGUAUCGAUGGAGCUUCAAACCUACCAUGGAAAACGGGAUUGGAGUCGUAUUCAAACUCCUUGUGGGAGAAUUUACGUCCCAAUCGCAGUCAAAACUAGAUUUCGACUGUACAACAACGAAAGCGAGUAUGAAGCUUGCUCAAGGGUUUAGAAGCGGCCCUGGAAAAAGAAUAAAAAUCCUAGGGUUUUCGGAGAUCCAACCUGAUAGUCUUCUCAAGCUCUACAGGGAAAUGGAAAUUAAGGAAGAGCGGUUGGUUCCUUACCUACGACGCUUGGACGAAGGGGAGAUCAAAAUCAUCCGACCUCGACCUCUGACAGUUCAGCUACAGAAACAGCCAGCACAUAUCAUGAAUUUGGUGGAUGACAAGCCCUGGUAUUGGGAUAUACAGAAUUAUCUUCAAAAUGGAGCCUACCCUGAGGGAUCCACCAAGACUGAUCAACGGAUAUUGAGACAGUUAGCAUCCGGAUAUUUCCUUACUGGGGGAAUUCUGUAUAAAAAAAGUUGGAAUGGCCUGCAUCUAAGGUGCGUUGAUGAGGGAGAAGCUCAAACCAUUAUGGAUUCCUUACAUAAUGGGCAGUCUGGUCCACACAUGCACGGGAUAGCCUUGGCUCGAAAUAUGAACCUGGGUUAUUACUGUCGACCAUAUUGCAGAUUUGCGGAGGCACGCGCGGAAGUUGCCACGAUGUCAGGUUUUGCUAAGCUACAAAGACAAGCCUCCCGGUUCAGUCUAAAUCCCAUUACUUCACCAUGGCCUUUCGCAACUUGGGCAUUAGACGUGAUCGGAAAGAUCCAUCAAAAAGGCUUCCAGAUGGCCAUCAAUUCAUUCUGGUUCGUUCGUUACCAACAUCCUUUGUCGGAUGAACCACCAUUCGAGAUUCAUCACGCAUUCGAGAUCAUUACUGAUAAUGGGUCUCACUUUCAAAGCGAAUUCUCGGAUCUACUGAAGCAAAAGAAGAUUCAGCAUCACAAGCCUUCACCCUAUCGUCCACAAACAAAUGGGGCUGUAGAGGCUGCAAACAAGGCUAUAAAGGUCAUUUUGCAGAAGACAAUUCAAAAGCAUAGAGCGUGGCACGAACAAUUGCCAAAUGCCUUGUGGGAUACAGGACUUCAAUCAGAACACCUACUGGGGCAACCCCGUAUUCCUUAG